CACUGCCGAACCUGCGUCACCAACUACGGUUUGUCACGAUUUAUGCGGUUGUUACAAGCUCAGUCAUCAGUUGCAAUCGGAUGGAAUAGGCAAUACCCAUUCAUGCAAAGUCUGAUCCAAAGAUCUUGAAUAUCACGCCAUGGCUGAACAUCAUUCUUGCACUGGCUGCGGGUUCUACGCCGCCACGAGACACGAUCUCGAAAAGCACCAUCGAGUCGAGCGCCAUUUCGCCUGUGAAGACUGUGAUUUCGUUUACACAGCCCAGGUGGAAUUGGACUCUCAUCUGACUGGUUUCGGCCAUAGUUCCGCUCUCUUUAAUAUGACCGAUUCGCCUCACUUUGAUGAUGACGCAAGAGUUAAGCUGGCGAUCUCAGAGGAGGCCUCGAUGGAAUGCUUUGAGUGCGCACGUACAUUCUGCGACCUGGGCGCUCUACAACAGCAUAGGAGUCACACCAAUGCCCACCCGCGCACGAAAUUGAGAUGUCCGGUCUCUAGAGCUUGUCCUGUCACUUUCACGACAGCCGGGGCAAUUCUGACACACAUCGUGGAUGAAAGAUGCAAUUGGAACACCAAAGAAGCACAAUGUCAAGCACUUCGCAACCAGAUAUCGGAGUUGCAGUCCACGAGUGCUAAUGCUGGGAAGGAGGCGGAUGCCAAACAUGUUCAAGUCUUACGGCGUCUUCUCGAAUUACAAAGAGUGAAAAAAACAGUCGAUUCUGAGAAUGGUCAACUCACGCAGCGCAACAUUCAACUGGAGAAUGCAGUUAAGGAUUGGAAAGCGAAAGUCGGGCAGAUGUCGAACGAAAGAUUGGCCCGGGUAGACGAAGCUACUCAAGCAAGAAUUGCUGCAUCAGCAUCGAGGGGCGCCGACGAAUCAGAAAUCCUUGAGUUGAAGGAUUCAAUCAAGACCUACACGUCCAAAGUCGAUGAUCUGAUACAGCGUAAUUUGAAGCUCGCUGAUUCCUGCACAGCUUCUAAAGCCAGGUGUGAUCAGAACAUUCAGCUCGUUGCGGAGCUCCAAGCCGCGAAUAGAGUUGCGUCGCAGGAACUUGAGCAAAUGUCAAUGGAAAAGCUUCACAUCGCAAAGGAGGCUGCCCAACUCAAGAUCGACCUCGAGGCCGCCACAAAAAUUGCAUCCGAGAAAGAUAAACAGCAGUCCAAUGAGAAACUUCACAUUGCAAAGGAUGUUGCCAAACUCAAAAUGGAUCACGAAGCCAACGAAUUAGCGUCGCAGAAGCUCGAACAAUCAUCCAUUGAAAAGAUUCAAAUUGAGAAGGAGACUGCUCAGCUCAACAACGAUAUUGAAGCUGCGAAUAGUUUUGCGAUCCAAAAGGUUGAGCAGUCGUCAAUCGAAAAUCUUAACAUGGCCAAAGAGGCUGCCCAUUUCAGAAUUGAUGGAUCAGUCUCGACGGCCCACGCCCUCUCGAUCAAAGACCAGAUGAGAUCAUUACAAUUCCAGCACCAGGAAGUUCUUGACCGGCUCACACAGAGUGCGAAAGAAGCCGAAGCUCGCUUAGCUAUUGAUCUGAAUCGACUUCGCUGCACAAUGAGUAUUUCCUUGAACGAUGUCAAGCAGGCAAAGGAUACGACUGCAGUAGCGACUAGCGAGUCUCCAUCGCCGAUCAAGAUGAUUACUAUCGAUAUCAAAUCUUCCGUUAAAAAUGAUUUCCAAAUGACGGAGGACCACGGUCAACUUGCCGUUGAGCGCUGUCAUGAGGCCAACAAAGAGGGAAGCGCCACAGAUCAUCAAGUAAGAUCAGGGGAUGACCAGAAGAACAGCCACGAAGUCGAAAAGCACUUUCCCAGCGAGACGACUUGUGCUACGCUGAAUACUCAAGUGUCGCCGUGCGCAAGUUCUAGUCCCGAACCUCCGUUAGAUCGCGUGGAUUUUGACAAGGAUAAGCAGUUAGCUUUCGACCACUGCCACAGUUCUGUUUCAGAUCCGGCCAAAGUACAAGGAUCUUCUGUUGCCACAAGAAGAUAUCCGCAAACUUUCACUUAUCCGGGAACCGAUGCCAGCACAAUCGCGAUCCUGAAGUCGGUGGGACUCUACACGCCACGAACAAGUCCUGAUCAUGGCACGUUUCUUGGCAAAUGGACUCUGUCCGAAAUGCCCUUGUGUAGAUCUCUGGAGAGAUUUGCCGCAGUCUUUGUUCCAGACCAAGUCUCCUGGAAGGACAGUGUUCGCCGCCCCUAUGCACCACAGCAAGUGCAAGACAAUGCUAAUGCGAGUGUCAGUGCUUCUAUCGUCGAAGCAAAUAUCUCGUGGAAGAAUCGGGUGAAAAGAAAGGCCGUUUCCGAAAGGACCGGUCUGCCAACCCCUCAGAAUAGCCCUAAAUGUGUUCGCUUCGGUGAAGUCGACGAGGCAACCGAGGAGCCAGUUGCCUCGAAGCGGCGUCGAUUAUGCUUCAAUCAUCUGUUUUUGAGAUCUCGAUUGAACGCCGUAGAGCAUGGAUUAACUUCAAAAGCUGAGUCGAUCGAACUCCCGAUUUCCGUGUAUCGUGCGAGCUGGGUCGACGAAGUCACCAAGUAUCAACAUCUAGGGUUUCACUGUGUACGACAUGAGUUCGCUGAAGUUAUCGAAUUGAAAACGUGUUGAUGACCAACGUUGUGACAGCUGCCAAGCCAUGGGUGGUCGGCGUCACGAGACUCGAUUUGGGGGCGAGGAGCGAAAAUUUAAUGAUUAAUUGAGAAAACGUCAUGAUCGUAAGAAGCGAAAGCAGAGGGUAUCGAGACUCAAGUCCACCCAACACGACCCAUGGUUUAUCUCAAUCCAAAACGUCAUGGUCGCCGUGCUGGUUUUCAACACUGUAAACCAGAGCAGCAAUC